ACUGUGCACUCUUUACUGGCAGUUUCAAAAGAAAGGCAAAGCAGGAAACAUAUGAGGUGAGGAAUUCAUCCCUACUUCCCACAUCCCUAGAUUCCUGUUGCAAUUGGAUAGGCUGGCAUAGCCUCUGAUCUGUGAUUAGACUAGCGGUGCUCUGUCACUGAAAGUAUAACUUAAAGGUUCAACACUUACCUUGAUAAUCCAGCAGCAGUGUUUUAAUUCAGGGCUUACUCUGUGUGAUGCGUGAUGCUAACAUUACAAAUAUAUGGGGACACGAUGAAGGCCUUUGUACUUCUAAUACUGGGAAUGCUUCUUCCUGAAUCAAUCUUUGCUCGUCCUUCUAUUCAAAUCUAUGACCUUGAUGAACAUUUUCACUCUGGAUCUGGUAUCAUACUAGAGAAACAUGAGGUGGAAAUUGGUACCCUGUCCCCCUUUAGUGACAGAGAUGAGAUUCGAGAAGUAGAACAACGUUUCAUUUUCAGUGCAGAGCAUGAAUUACCACCAGAAAAACCUGUAAAACCAUUACCUCUGCCACCUGCAGUUCUUGGACCUCAAACCCAGAAAGAUCUUCCCACCUGCCUUCUGUGUACCUGCCUCAUCACCACAGUCUAUUGUGAUGACCUAAAACUUGACCACGUGCCACCACUUCCCAAGAACACCACCCACUUCUAUGGUCGUUACAACAAGAUUAAGAAGAUCAACAAGAAUGACUUCGCUAAUCUAAAUAAAUUAAAGAAGAUUGAUGUUACUGCUAAUCGUAUAUCUGAGAUAGAUGAGGAUGCUUUCAGAGAACUACCAGCACUAGAAGAACUGCUGAUCCAUGAAAACCAGGUCCGAAAACUGCCCGAACUGCCUAACACCAUGACUCUCAUUGAUGCCAGUAACAACAGACUUGGGCGCACAGGAAUAAUACAUGAGGCUUUCAAGGACAUGUACAACCUCCAGUAUCUCUUCUUAUCUGAAAACAAACUGGACCAUAUCCCAAUUCCACUGCCGGAUAGUCUUCGUGCUUUACAUCUUCAGAACAACAAUAUUCAAGAGAUGCAUGAAGAUACCUUCUGCAACAGUAAAGACCUCACCUAUGUUCGCAAAGGAUUGGAGGAUAUUAGACUGGAUGAAAAUCCCAUCAACUUGAGUAAAACACCUAAUGCAUACAUUUGCCUUGUACGCAUUCCCACAGGAAGGCUCAUAUAAAUGAAAUUACACUCCCAAAAAAGGGUGUGUUUAUAGUAUUCACAAAUAGAGUGCACAGCAUAAUGUUUAUAAAUUUUACAUUUUGUUUAAUAAAAAGUGUAAAACAAAGAACCUGUCCUAGAUUCUUCCUGUCUAGCAGGAAGUAAGGGAUCACCACAAUCACCGGAACAAAAAGAAAUCAGUCCAUUUGCAGUAAAAUAAUUUCUUAAAAUAUGCAAUGUCACUCUCAUAUUAUAUUUGACAUUAGUGUUAUUUUACCAUGAAAAAGCCAUAGAAAAUCCAAUAAAAUUUGUGAAAUGUG